GUGACGGUCCGUCAACUCCUCCUCCUUGUGUAUCAAAUGAUAAUAGAAAAGGACAGACUGAUAUGUUCUCGACGUUAUUCUGUAAUAUUUAUGUAAAAAUUUUCUUUUUAAGUUUAAUUUCAAAUCAUCAUUCUGCUCAAGUCAUCAUAUAUUUUGGACGAUUGAUAAAUAGUGUUCACAACAGCUGAUAAGCUUUUUAUAUACACCCACUGUUAUUAUGGCCGCCGCUCCCAAACACUUUGACGGAAUAGAAUAUAAUGUGCACGUGGUCAAAUGAGAUAAAACAGUUCAAAAUUCCAUUUUUUUAAUUUUGCUACUUAAUAUUAAGAUAUGUCAUAAUGACGCCAAUCAAGGAUAAUCAAGAUGUGGCCUGUUUUCUGGUCACCAAGCACUCAUGGAAGGGAAAGUACAAACGUAUUUUCUCAAUCGGAUCCAUGGGAAUUACUACAUAUAAUCCAAAUAAUUUAGAAGUUACUAAUAAAUGGGAAUAUGCAGAUUUUAUUAAUAUUCAACCUACAAAUCGCAAUCAAGUUGGUUCGUUGGAAUUCAGUAUUACAAUCCGCAAAGAUCGUAAAGUGGAAACAAUGAAAUUCAGCUCAGAUCAGAGAUCGCAUUUAUUAACAGAAGCUCUUAAGUAUAGAUAUCAGUUUUCUGAGAAACCUAAAGAAGUUUGGAAAUUUUCAGCCUACAAGCAUCACUGGUCGGAUACAAGAUUACCAGUUGUUCUCGAAGUAACACCAUUCAGUCUUGAUCAAUUAGAUCCUGCGACAAAUAUGAUUUUAGCAAGUUACUGCUACAAAGAUUUCGAAGGAUUAGCAUCAGUGAAAGAUUAUCCAAAUGGAUUUGUAAUAGUUUACGGUGGUUUUGGACGUUUACAUUUAUUUGCUUCCGAACAUAUGGAAGAGAUUAAAAAAAAAUUACUUGAAAGCUCAUUAAAUAAUUUGGGUAUAAGUAUAAAAGUAUUAAAAGAGGCAAUUCAAUUAGACGAUUUUAUUUCUCAAAGAUUUGGCAAAUUCAGUGGAGAUGAACAUAUAACAAGUGUAUCUGAAUUUACUGUACAUAAAAAUUCACCAAGACAUUCGGAUCUUCAAAGAAGAACACUUUGCCUAUCGGAUACGUGUGUUUUGGAAAGAGAUCCACAAACUUAUAGUAUUUGUACAUUGAGGCCAUUGUCAGAUGUAUUUGCUUUAAUUCGUGAUCAAUUGAAUCCGCAAUUAUUUACAAUUCAAUAUUUGAAUGGACAAAUACGUUGUUAUGUAGCAACCGAUAGAGAUUCCUUAUUGGCGUCUUUACUUGAUGGUGUUCGAGCAUCAGGCAAUCGAGAUGUUCACAUUAGAAUGUUUCCCAUUGCUCGGGGGAAGAGAUUAGGACCCUUUAAUAUUCCCGUAGAAGAAGAGGUUGAAAAUAAUCAUGUUAAGUUCCUUCAACAAUUACCAGGUGGUAGAACGUUUGCUGAAAUCUUAGAAAGGUUUAAUGCAAAUAUUCCAUACAGUGGCCUUCGUUACAUAACGCAAGAGGGAGGACUUUUUACGGAGAACAAAGAUAAAUUAAUUCUCAGUGCUCUAAAUUCUGUAAUUAAUAAAGAAGUUGAAACUAUUAAUGAAAUGGAAGCACAAUUUCACACAAUCAGACGAUUAAUAGCGAGUAAAGUUGGAUUUGCAGCAUUUACAAGUUUACCGGGUUUCAGAGAGGCAAUUGGUAGCAGAGUGGUAAAAGCUUUAAAAAGACAAGAUUGUGGAGUUACACAAGCUGCAAUAGAUUGUAUAUGUGCCCUAAUGCAACCGAUGCAUGAUGAUUGUGAUUUAAGACAAGAACAAUUGAAUAAAAGUAGCCUUUUAAGUAAUAACAAAUUUUUGGAAAGUCUUUUGGAUAUGUGGCUUAGUCACGUUAAUCAUGGAACAGGUGCUCUUGUAGUAUCUGCGAUGCUUGAUCUUUUGACAUUUGCAUUGUGUGUACCGUACAGUGAAACAACUGAUGGCAAACAUUUUGAUAAUUUAUUGGAAAUGGUCGCGUCAAGUGGUAGAUCGUUGUUUAAAUUAUUUCAACAUCCCUCUUUGGCUAUUGUUAAAGGAGCAGGUUUAAUUAUGAGAGCAAUAAUUGAAGAAGGACCUCAAGAAAUGGCAGCAAAAAUGCAAGAAUUAGCUCUCGCUGAAGGAGCUUUACCAAGACAUCUUUUAAAUAGUUUAUUUACUGUUGGAAGUGACAGUCGAUUAUUGGCGCAUAGACAACUUUGCAGACAUUUAGUUGGUUUAUGGAUCACUGGACAUCCAAUAGCAAUGGGUUUACUUAAGAGAAUUAUGCCGAUUGGAUUACUAAAUUAUCUUGACUCUGAUGAAAAAGUACCUGAUUCUUUUUUAGAGGAAGAAAGAUUGAAUAAUCGUGAUAAUUUGAAAAUUGCAAUAGAUCAUGCAGCAAAAAAUAUGAAAAGUCCACAGUGGAUAGCAUUUGAACGACGUGUACGUGUAUUUGAGAAACAAGUGGAAAAUGUCUUUCAACAUUGGGGUACACGUGUUGGUAUUGAGAGAAGGGAAAAAAUGAAGGAGAGGCCAAUUGUUUUAAGAAAACGUAGGGAGAGAAUAAAAUCCGAAGCAAAUUGGAAAUUGUUUUACUAUAAAUUCAAUCAAGAUCAUUCAUUGCCAAAUCUUAUAUGGAAUCAUAAAACACGAGAGGAAUUGAGAACAGCAUUAGAAAAUGAAAUACGAGCAUUUUCGACUGAUAAAGAUUUAUCUGGUGGUAUGUUAAUUGCAUGGAAUCAUCGUGAAUUUGAAGUACAAUAUCAAUGUUUGUCAGAUGAAGUGAAAAUUGGAGAUUAUUAUUUAAGAUUAUUGUUGGAAAAGGAUAGUCCUGAUAAUCCGAUUAGAAAAUCGUAUGAAUUUUUCAAUGAUCUGUAUCACAGAUUUUUAUUGACGAAUAAAGUGGAAAUGAAAUGUCUUUGUUUGCAAGCAAUGGCGAUAGUAUAUGGCCGUUAUUACGAGGACAUUGGACCAUUUUCCGAUACAAAAUAUAUAGUUGGAAUGUUGGAACGUUGUUCGGAUAAAAUGGAACGUGAUCGAUUAGUAAUGUUUAUAAACAAACUUAUUCUUCAUAGAAGAAAUGUGAAAGAUAUUUUGGAUCAAAAUGGUGUACGUGUUCUUAUUGAUUUAUUAACUUUGGCUCAUUUACAUACAGCGAGAGCUGUCGUUCCUACACAAACUAAUGUAAUAGAGGCCGGUCCUGAUCAAGAACGUCUAACGGAAAAAGAAUGGUACUAUAAUGAUGGUGAUAAACGAAAAGGACCACUUCGUCUAAAGGAUUUAAAGGAUCUUUAUGUUUCCGGAAAAAUUACGUAUAAAACAAAAGUUUGGGCCCAAGCUUUAGACAGUUGGCGAAUUAUUGCACAAGUACCACAAUUGAAAUGGACAUUAGUUGCAAAAGGAACUCCUGUGAUAAAUGAAAGUGAACUAGCCACUUUAAUUUUAAAUAUUUUGAUAAAAAUGUGUGAAUAUUUUCCAAGUCGAGAUGUUGACAAUGCAGUUAUUAGGCCAUUGCCUCAUGUCAAACGAUUAUUGUCUGAUCCACAAUGUUUGCCACAUUUAGUUCAACUUUUGUUGACAUUUGAUCCGGUUUUAGUUGAAAAAGUUGCUACAUUAUUGUGUGAAAUUAUAAAAGAUAAUCCUGAAAUAUCAAAAAUUUACUUAACCGGUGUCUUUUAUUUUAUUCUCAUGUAUACUGGAUCAAAUGUUUUACCAAUUGCGAGAUUUUUACAAUUGACACACACUAAACAAGCAUUUAGAGGCGAUGACAAUACACAAUCUGAUAUUAUGCAAAAGAGUAUUCUUGGACAACUUUUGCCAGAUGCAAUGGUGAGCUAUUUGGAAAAUCAUGGUGCUGAGAAAUUUGCUAAAAUAUUUUUAGGCGAUUUUGAUACACCUGAAGCUAUUUGGAAUGCAGAAAUGCGACGAAUGCUUAUUGAAAAAAUUGCUGCACAUAUUGCUGAUUUUUCACCAAGAUUAAGAAGUCAUACAAUGGCGCGAUAUCAAUAUAUUGCAAUUCCUGCAAUUAGAUAUCCACAAUUAGAAAAAGAAUUAUUUUGUCAAAUAUUUUAUUUACGACAUCUUUGCGAUACUGUUAAAUUUCCCCAAUGGCCAAUUCCUGAACCUGUCAUGUUAUUAAAAGAUGUUCUUGAUGCAUGGAAAAAAGAAGUUGAAAAGAAACCACCAAUUAUGACAGUUGAUGAAGCAUACAAAGUUCUUGGUUUGCAAAAUGGUAAACAACAUAAUGAAGCUAUAGUGAGAAAAUCAUAUUAUAAAUUGGCGCAAAUGUAUCAUCCAGACAAAAAUCCACAGGGUCGAGACAAGUUUGAAGCUGUCAAUCAAGCUUAUGAAUUUCUAUGCAGUCGAAGUUGUUGGACAACUGAUGGUCCAAAUCCCGAUAAUAUUGUUCUUAUUUUAAGAACACAAAGUAUUCUAUUUCAUCGAUAUAAAGAGGAAUUGGAACCAUAUAAAUAUGCUGGUUAUGGACAGAUCAUUAAAACAAUUCAAAUGGAAACUGCUGACGAUCAAUUAUUUUCGAAAUCAACACCUUUAUUAGCGGCGGCAAGUGAACUUGUCUAUCACACUGUUCAUUGUUCGAAAUUAAAUGCAGAAGAAUUGAGAAGAGAAGGUGGUUUAGAGGUUCUUUUGGAAGCUUAUACAAGAUGUGUUUCGGUGUUGAAUAAAUCUAGUAAAUCUACUGAUGCUGCGGUCCAAGUUUGUAUGCAUAUCACAAAAUGUUUUUCCGUAGCUGGAUCGUUCAGAGGAUGUAGAGAUAAAAUCAUCGAAUUACCACAAUUGGUUAAAGAUCUUUGUAGAAUAUUACAAUUUAAGCACUUGAAAAAAUUAUGUUCAGUGGCGACAGAUUGUAUUUCUUCUUUGGCUACAGAUAGUAUACUUCAAAUGCAAUUAUUACAAUCGGGAGCAUUGUAUCAUCUUCUUUUCUUUAUGUUCAAUUAUGAUUACACAUUGGAAGAGGGUGGAGUGGAAAGAAAUGAAAAUGAUAAUUUACAAGAAAUUUCAAAUAAUCUUGCAAAAUUGGCUGUCAGAGCGUGUGCACGAUUAGGUGGUUAUAUGAAAGGAGAAAAUGAAACGCCUGUCAAUCCAGUGACAGUAAUGGCAUUGGAAAAAUUACUCACGCCUUAUUUAUCAAGACAAUUGUCAAGCGAUAAAUCUGAAGAAAUAUUAAAGACAUUAAAUUCAAAUUGUUAUAAUCCAUACAUGAUUUGGGAUAAUAGUACAAGAGCUGAAUUGAUUGAAUAUUUGAAAAAUAAACGGCAAAAUAAAUUCAGUGGUACGACAAAUAUUGAACAUGAUUUUAGUGAUCUUGCGUACAGCGCUCAUAAAAAUGAAUUGAUCAUUGGUGAAAUAUACGUUAAAAUUUAUAAUGAACAACCUACAUUUCCAAUUGAGAAUCCAAAAGGUUUCGCCAUUGAUUUACUGGAGUUUUUAUCAAAAUAUUCCGAAUAUUUAAGUUCUCUCGAUGGCAUUACUUUAUCUAAAAAUGAUCAUGAAAAAUUGAGACACAUUGUCAUGUCACUUGAGGGUUUAAAGAAUAUUAUUAAAAAUAAUCCCGAUGUCGAAAUACAAUGCAUUGGACAUUUUAAAUUAUUAUUUGAACUUUUAAGUUGUAAUAAUUUUAAGGCGAUACAAAAAGGUGCCUUAGAAGUCAUUAGUAACGUGACGAAAAAUCAAGAAUGUGUUAAUGAUAUUGCAGCGAACGAUGUAGUGGUACAUUUACUUUUGUGUUUAAAUACAUUAAAAGAUUCACAGCUUCAAAUUCUUGAAGUAUUAUACGCUCUAAUGAGUACGACAAAAAUAGUGAAAGAUGCUUUGAAUAAAGGUGCUGUUAUAUACAUUCUUGAUUUAUUUUGCAAUUCAAAUAAUGCACAAAUCCGUGAAGCUGCUGCAGAAUUACUUGCUAAAAUGUCUUCCGAUAAAUUAGCAGGUCCUAAAGUUAAGUUAGAUUUGUCCAAGUUCCUGCCUCGAUUAUUUAGCGAGGCAAUUCGCGAUGCUCCGAAACAAUGUGUCCAUAUGUUCGAAUCAAAGCAGGAGAAUCCAGAAUUAAUUUGGGACGAUCAUUCAAAAACGAAAGUGUCCAGAUUGGUUGCCGAGUUGAAAGAUGAGCAUUACAGCAUUCAAAAGCGAAAUCCAAAUGCAGUGUUAAAAAUGGCUGAUGCACAGAAUAAUGUAGAUACAGCAACGAAUGAACCUGUCGUAGGUGGCGUUUACCUAAGAUUAUUUAUUGCCAGUCCUACGUGGGCUCUAAGAAAACCAAAAGAAUUUUUAAGCGAGCUUAUGGAUACAACCUUAAAUUUAAUGUCCAGAGAAAAGACUGACUCAGAUAUGCUAGAAUUAACAACUCAGGCUUUAGUUAAUCUUUUGCAAGCGCAACCGAACUUAGCGGACCAAGUACCUUCAUUAGGUCACAUACCACGUUUAUGUCGACAAAUGGCAACAAGAAAUAAUCAACCCUCUGUUUAUAAAGCUGCAAUAUUAAUAUUACAUCAGUUAGCAAUUAGUGAGAUUUGCAUAUCAUCCAUCUGCCAAACGGAUUGCAUAAGUCCAUUGAAACAUGCAAUGCAAUCUAGAAAGGAUAUGAUUGCUGUUGCGUGCGAAACGUUAAAUAGAUUGUUUUCAACAAACGAGGAUCGCCUUAUUAAACAAGCUUUAGAAGCAGAAAUGGUACCUUAUCUUUUAAAUAUAUUGGAAGGAAAAACGGAAAUCUUUGAGAAUGUUGCCACAACAAGAGCGCAAAUUGUUAAAGCUUUAAAAGCAAUGACAAAAAGUUUUUUACUUGGUGAAAAAGUUAAUGCAAUUUUAGAAAAAUCCUCAGUGUGGGCAGAAUAUAAAGAUCAGAGACACGAUUUAUUUAUAUCAAGUGCUCCAACAUUGUGUUAUCUUCCAGCUGGAACACCGAUGUCUGCUGGUUAUUUAACAGCAGGACCAAGUGCAACAAUACCAUCUGGUCCACCACCAGUAGAAAAAGAAGAUAAUUCAUUAAAUCGGAAUGAUUUCUGAUAUGUCUGAUACAUAAAGUGAUAGAGAUUCAUCAACAACGUUCAUUCUUUGAAUAUUGAAGAUAAGUUGUUUUUACCGUGAUCUUAUAGCAUUUUAUAAAUAAUAAUUUAAUUAAAACUUUUAUUGUAAUGUGGACCGAUAUUGAAAUUAUUAUCAAGAAAUAUUGUAUGUGAUUUUAUAUCGUAAACUUUUAUGUUAACUAUUUUCAUAUUUUAAUCUAUUUUUAUGAUAAAACAUUUAAUAUAUAUUUUUGAACAAUUUUUUUUUUGGUUUUUUUAAACUCGUGUUUUCUAAUGACACAAAUAGUUUAUUUAUAUCACUAUUUUAUGUUUUUACUCAACAUUCUGACUUUAAUAAUUUUUUUUAAACUAAUGUGAUGUAAAAAUGAAGAUUUAAUUGUUAAUGUUUUUUAUUAUAGAAAAAUAUAUCAGUCCAGCAUUACAAAUAAUUUUUCAAAUUUGACUAACAUUUGAAGUAUUGUCCAAAAAAUGUUUUUAUUUACCAUAGAAUUCAAAUAUUUAAGCUCUUAUAAAAAAAGGAACAUUUACUAAAUUUAGUUAUAAAUGAACUUUAGUUUUAUAAAAAUUAAUUAAUUUCUAAUUAAUUAAAUUUAUCAAUAAAAAGAUUUUUUCAAGGAUUUUUUUGGACAGUAUGAUACAAGCUUGAAAUUUGAAAAGUAAUUUUUAUUAUAAACAUAUAAAUUAUUUUUCGUACAAAUCUUGAAGGUUUGAACGUAUGAAUAAUCGUUAUUGUUUAAUCCGUUAAUGUUUAACGCGAUAUAUAAUGUUAGUAUGAAGGAUGUGAUAUCAAAUUUUAAAGUCAGGGAGUCGAAAUUUUUUUUUUGAAUUAAUAUAAAAAAAAAAAAAAUUUUAUACUUAAGUAUAGACAGUUCAGAUCAUGUAAAUUAUAUUUAAAUUCAUAUUUUCGAAAUAAAAUUCAAUGUUAAUUUUUAUUUUAAUAACUUUUGAUUUACAGAUAUUAGAUAUUACACGCUUUAUACAAACUGAAUAACGUGAUAGAAAUGGAAUUUAUUAGAAACAAAAUUUGUAGAUUGCAGUGACAUGAGUUUAAAUUAUAUUAGUGAUUUUAUAAUAACUUUUUACAAAGGAAUAACUAAUGAAUAUUACAAUUUACUGAAAAUGAAGAAGUUCUUUCAGUAAUAAAUGUACAUGAUCAAAAAUAUAUAUUAGUAAUAGAUUUUUUUUUUUUGAACUAUUCUAGUGCAGUUAAACUCGUUGAAGUCAUCUACAAAUUGUGUUUAAUCAUAAACUACAUAAUGUGAAAUAUACUGUAAAUGAUUUUAUUUUCCACUUUUUAUAAUGUACAGCUUUUUUAUGUAUAGGUAUUUACUAUACACAGCUGUGUAAAAUGAUCAGCAUUUGUGAAUAAAUAUUAGUUGUGUAUAUAAUAUA